UCCAUUCAUUUCAGUCUCAUCUGACUGAGAGGCAGACUGAGCUCUAGCGGUCAAACUCACCAAAUCUGCAUCACCGUCCUCAAAGUAAAGCAGUGGGGCAGUUGCUGCUCCGGCUUCAUUUUGUCGUUCAGUUUUUUUUUUUUUUUUUGUCUGUAGCGUGUGUGUGCGUGUGUUGUAGUUGUGAGCAUGCAAGACAACGGCCGACACCGAAACAAGGAAUCAAGGAGAGCAUGGACAAAUCGGCAACUUAUAUUUUACAAAUGCACUUUAUAUUUAUUCAUCUUUAGUCUGGAACUGAGGAGCAGCGUUACGGCGCCGCCGGACUCUGAUGAGUUCGCUUUCUUCCAUGAGGGUGCUCAGGGGUGCCUGGGGGUGCGGGAUCACUCCCUUGUCCUGUCAGCCUCCUGUGAGGAAGUCAACCAGCGCUGGAAGUGGGUGACCCGGGGUCGCCUGUUCAACCUGGGCUCUUCACUGUGCCUGGGCAUGACCACUGGUAACCUCACCUCCAGAUCAGACAGGUCUCCUCUGGGUGUGUACACCUGUGACCGCGAGCCCCCCAGAGUACGCUGGACCUGGAACUGUGGCCAAGUGUUGGACAACCUCAACAACUACCUUCCUUCACCCUCGUUUUGGAACUCGUCCGCCUCAACCUCCUCUUCUUCAGCGCUCAAGUGGACACUGCAUGGUGGUGUGCAGGACCUGUGCUCUAAAACAUAUCGUGAGAUCUAUACAAUCCAGGGGAACUCUCAUGGCCGCCCCUGCUAUCUGCCCUUUCUGUAUGACGGCCAGUGGUUCCACAAUUGCACUAGUAUCGGGCGUGAGGACGGUCACCUCUGGUGUGCCACCACCUUCGACUACGGCAAGGACGAGCGUUGGGGCUUCUGUCCUGUCAAGAGCAGUGGCUGUGAGACAUUCUGGGAUACUGACCCGCUGACGGACAGCUGUUACCAGUUUAACUUCCAGGCUACGCUGUCAUGGAGCGAGGCCAGGAUCAGUUGCCAGCAGCAGGGGGCAGACCUGCUAAGCAUCACCAAGCUUCAUGAGCAGACAUACAUCAACGGUUUACUGACUGGUUACAGUGCUGCUUUGUGGAUUGGCCUCAAUGACCUUGACAUCUAUGGAGGCUGGCAGUGGGCCGACUCCUCACCACUCAAAUAUCUCAACUGGGAAACAGACCAGCCAAACCAUGCUGAGGAGGUGAACUGCGCUGUGAUCAGGACUGAGUCAUCGGGUCGUUGGCAAAACCGCGAUUGUUCUGUUGCUCUGCCGUAUGUCUGUAAGAAGAGACCCAAUGCCACCCUGGACCCCUUCACUACUGACUCGUGGGCAGAUGAUGAGAAAUAUGAGUGUGAUGUGGGCUGGCAGGCUUUCCAGGCUGGCUGCUACAAACUGACUUCAGACAAGAUUGACUGGGAUACAGCUCAGAAAACCUGUCAAAAGAUGGAGGCCAACCUGGUCAGCAUCCACACCCUACCUGAGCUAGAGUUCCUCCUGCACACCUUGAAGAAAGACAUUGACCAGCUGUGGAUAGGGCUCCAUGACACUGAUAUGCAAAUGGACUUCCAAUGGACUGACCACACGCCGGUCAUUUUCACCUACUGGCACCCCUUUGAACCCAACAACUUCCGCAACACUCAAGAAGAUUGCGUCUCCAUCUGGGGAGCUGAGGGCCGCUGGGAUGACAGCCCUUGUAAUUCGACUCUGCCUUCCAUCUGUAAGAAACUGGGAACAAAGAGUGACGGGAAGCCACAGCACCAAGACUGCAAACAAGGCUGGAAGUGGCACAGUCCAGCUUGUUACUGGGUGGGAGAAGAUCUGCUUACCUUUGAUGAAGCCAGGAAGUCAUGUGAGGACCACGGAGCCGCCCUUGUUACCAUUACCAAUAGGUUCGAGCAGGCCUUCGCCAACAGCCUUGUGUUCGGUCGCUCUGGUGAUUCCUUCUGGAUCGGCCUCCAUGACCAGGGCAACAAAGGCUCUUUCCACUGGCUCAGUGGAGAUGAAGUGUCCUACACCAACUGGAAUCGAGACCAGCCAGUCAACGUUCAUGGCGGAUGCGUUUCCAUGGUGACGGGCUUUGCAACAGGUCUGUGGGAAGUGAGGGAGUGUGCGUCAUCGAAGGCAAAAUUCCUCUGCCGCCAGAACCAGGACACGUCUCUGAGCCCCGAGCCCCCCGUCCCUCAGCCCACCCCGAGCCUCAGCGGCUCCUGUCCCAGUAGCUGGAAGAGCAACAGCAACCUGCGCUACUGUUACAAGGUGUUUCAUUACUCCCAGCUGGAGCAGAGGCUGAGUUGGCUGCAGGCUCACCUGUUCUGCCGGAGACACGGAGCUGACCUACUGAGCAUCAGUGGCCCUGAGGAGGAGCACUUCGUUCUCCAGGUCCUCCAUGAGGCCUUUGGGGAGUCAGAAGACCAUGAGCAGCACUGGUUUUGGAUUGGACUGAACCGCAGAAACCCCAUGGACAAUGGCAGCUGGAAGUGGAGUGACGGACUCGCUUUCACGUACCAGAACUUCGGCCGCUACUACUAUAACAUCCGGCAAUGUGCUGCAGCAGACUUGGGCACUAUGACCUGGCUGGCCAUGCACUGUGACUCUGAGUUAGACUGGAUCUGCAAGAUCCCAAGAGGUAGUGUUGAGAAGGAACCAGAGGUCUCUGAAGGCACCAGUUCCCCAGAGUGGAUUGCCUUCCAGGAGGCUGAGUAUAAAUUUUUUGACCACCGCACCACUUGGGACCAGGCCCAGAGGAUUUGCUCCUGGUUUGAUUCAUCGCUGGCCUCCGUCCACUCAGCUGAGGAACAAGCUUUCCUGGCCAACACUUUACGCGAGAUGACAAAGGUGGAGGGUGACAACUGGUGGCUGGGGCUUUACACCUAUGAAAAUGAUGGACGUUUUCGCUGGUCUGACCACUCUGUGCUCAAUUAUGUGUCCUGGGCCCUUGGGAGGCCACACCCACUCAGCCGUGAUCGCAAAUGUGUGCACUUGUCUGCCAGCAAAGCGGACUGGGCCGAUCAGAAGUGCCACUCUGACCUGCCCUACAUCUGUAAGAGAGUAAAUGUCACUGGCACCAUUCCUCCAACUCCGUCAUCCCCCCACCCACCUUCAGGCUGUCAUGACGGAUGGUCCUCUUAUCAGCAUAAGUGUUUCAGAGUAUUUGAUCAGUCCUACAGAGUCACAUGGUCUGCAGCCAAGUUGAAAUGUGAAACGCAGGGAGGUGUACUGGCAGUGGUGUCCAAUCAUUUGGAGCAAGCCUUUGUCACCACCCUGCUUUACAAUACCAGUGUUGACCUUUGGGUGGGUCUGACCUCAGACUCUAAAGGUCAUUUCCAAUGGGCCAAGGCUAGCCUGCUCAGCUACACCAACUGGGCUCCUGGAGAGCCACUCGACAACAGUGGACCACACCACAACAAGACCCCGGGAAACUGUGUGGUGAUGAUUCAUGGGAACCCACAGAAGAACACUGGCAUGUGGGCAUCCCGAGCUUGUGAGCUGGAAAGUAAUGGCUUCAUCUGUCAGAGGCAACAAGACUCGAGUUUCCCUCCGGCCCCAGCUCUUAUUCCUGCCUCCCUGUCAAAGCCUGUGGAGCUUGGUGGAGUGACUUACCGGGUAGUGGAGAAGCGUCUGGACUGGACCGGCUCUCUGCACCUCUGUGAAUCUUUGAAUGGGACCCUGGCCACGGUGAAGGAUCCCUACCAGCAGGCUUACCUCACACUGCUGAUCAACAGCCUGCGCCAGCCUGCCUGGAUCGCUCUCUACAACUAUGGAGGACGGAGCUUCAGCUGGCUGGGUGAAGAAGAAGUGACAUAUUCAAACUGGAAAGAUGGGGAGCCCAAUCAGCUGGCUGGAUGCGGUCACAUGACCACCACUGGGCAGUGGACUAUGACUCCUUGUGAUUCUAAACUGGAUGCUGCUAUCUGUCAAAUUAGCGAUGAGAAUGUGAUUCACCAGUGGAGUUACCCUGGCCAGUGCCCCCACUCUCUGGGAGGGUGGUCGUGGGUGCCCUUCAGAAACCACUGUUACGCCUUCAACCUGCAAAGUCUUAAACUGCAGCAGGAUGCACGCAUGUCCUGUAAAAAAGAGGGAGCAGAACUUCUAUCUAUCUUGGAUGAGACGGAGAACGGAUUUGUAUGGGAACACAUCCAGAGCUAUGUAGAACAGGCACAUGGCGCUUGGCUGGGCAUCAGCGUGAGAGGUCGGGGCCUAGUGUGGAGCGAGGACACAGAGAUGUCAUACAGCAACUGGGACGGGCAUGAUGUCACCUUCUCUGUUCUGUCUCCAAACUCCUGCUUCUGGAUCCAGAGCAACACUGGCCUGUGGAAGCCGGGCUCGUGCAGAAAUCUUACACAUGGAGUCAUCUGCAAACAGCCUCGCCGCGCUGAAACCUCAGCUGUGACAUUGGAUGGUGACCACCUGCCCAAUCUGAUUGUUGUCAUGGUGACGGGCCUGGUGCUGGUGGUGCUGAUUGUCGGUGUGAUCUACUUGUACCGUCGGCGAACUGUCGGGUCCCGGGGGUCCUAUGAGGGGGCCCGCUAUAGCCGCACUAACUCCAGCCUCACAGAGCAGACUGAGAAGAACAUCCUUGUGUCUGACAUGGAGCUGAACGAGCAGCCGGAGUAGCAGAGCCGCCCAGACCGACCAAACCAGGACUGGACCCAACCUGACGCAGGGGAGGCUGAUUUCAAUGUGCUGACUCAGAUACACAUUAUGGCAUUUAUGUCUUUGUUGUCUCUUUUGAAACCAAAAAAGAUUUUUUAAAGUGCUGAAGGGCUGUGUAGAGCGCAGCAGAUGUUUAGUUUUUAAAUUGAAUCCCCGCCUUCUCAAUCCUCUUUUGCCAAGACUUAACAGUUCUAGCAAUUUCUCUUCAGACAAAUCCAGUCCUUCCAUGUGUACAGCUUUUCCCCAAAAGCGUUAAGGAAGGCCAUAAAUGGAUCUCCUGGGGAUUUUAGUUUCAUCGCAGCUGGAAAAGUUCAACAUAAAAUCAGUUUUAUGAAAUGUCUUCCUUGGUGCCAAAGUAAAGUUUUGUUCAUGUAUUUCCUGUUUUAUUCCCAUUUUGAUUGAAAGACUUACAAAGCAAAAAAGUGCUCAUCACAGCCACAGAUUGACUCUUAACUAAAACCAUUUGUCUCUGUCCUCUACAAUAUGCAGUCACAGUCUUCUUCAGGACCAAAUUCAUUUUUCUUUUCUUUUUUUUGCCAUGACAGUAUUUACCUGAACUGGUGUGUUUUUCAUUUUUGCAUUGCCUUUAUGUGCUUUCCAUUGAUUUGUCAUUAUCUGUGCAGCUGUAGAGAACUGUUACUGAUGAUGCAUGUGUGGUUUUUGUGAGCAUGCCUCUCUCCUCCUUUCUGAUCUGACACGUCAGCCCCAGCUGUCAGACCAACAGAGGAGGAAGAAGUCCAAAUGUGAAUGUGUGGAAGGUGACAGGGACCAUUAUUAGUGGUGGCCUCAAACAGUCUGAGGGCAGUACACUAGAAUUGUGCACAUUACUAAUGCUAAGUUCUGUAGAGAACUUCGUAUUGAAAGCUGGUCUUUAAGUAGACUACAUUGUCUUUUUGGUACUGCAGGACUGGAGGUUGUCAUGAAAUGAUCAGACUUUCAGUUUCCAUUGCUUCAUGUACAUUUUGGCACUUUCUGCUAUUAUCUCGAGCUAAUUCAAUAUUAGUCAUCCAUUUGCCUUCAGUCAUUAUCCUUAAGGCAUGGUUGCUGCUCUGCGAUUCCAAACUUUUGUUUGUUUUGGCUCUUUAUGCCAUCAUCUGGAGCUGAUUCAGCUAUUUUUAUGGACAGUAAUUCUCUUUGUAUACACCAUGAAAAAGGAUUUGCAAUUUGAUAUUUGUCUGAUUCAUAAUUUUUAUGGACCACAGUUCACUUUUCUGUAUGUUUUAUCAUUAGGGUAUUUUUUGCUAUUUGUCUUUUUAAUGAUACAGGUUUCAAUAUAUGUUCUGACUUAAAUACAACUGGUAUAGACAUUUGGAAACUUUCCUACUUUUAUGGGAUAAUUGCCAACACUUGAACCUCUCAUUGCCCCACAAAGGAAACCAUCCCUCAUGUGGAUGACACCGUUGUAUAUAUGAGAGUCAAAGAAUGUUUUAAAAGUGAAUUCACUUCAAGAGAAAACCUCUUUCUGUUCUUUUUCUACGUCAUUUUGAGGUUUCACAUUUGCGCAGCUUAAUGACCACAUUUUUCAGAGUUCAUUUGCCUCCUGAAACAUUUUUCUUUUCUUCUCACCUCUUGCCUCUGAGCGCAUUGCUGUCUUCUUGCUUGGAGGAAUGCUUUGGAGCCGUUUCAGUCUGAGGCUUUUGGUGUUUGACUGAGUUGCUCUGAAAAAAAAAAACAGCAGCUCCAUGAGUUGGUCUAAGAUAGAGGGGGAAGGGAGGAGGAGAAGGAGUAAGUUGAGUUAAGUGUGUGUGUAGGUGUGUGUGUAGUUGUGUGUGCAUGCGUGUGUGUGUGUGUGUGUGUGUGUGUGUGUGUGUGUGUGUGUGUGUGUGUGUGUGUGUGUGUGCAGUCUCCAGCUGUGGAAUGUUGAGUCGGCAAGAAGAGCUCAGUGGCACGUCUGGAACCAAUCAGAGAAGGAGGGCUCAGGGACAUGAAGGGUCAGAAAGAAAACUGAAAAAAGGAAAAGUAGGUGAAGGAGAAAAGGGGAAAAAAAGAGGGAGUGUGAAGAGGAAUUGGGGAUGUAGGAGGAGAGGAAGGCAGGGAAAGAGGAGUGAAAAGGGUGCAGUGGUUUGUCCCAGGCUUACCCUGGCCUCUGCUGGUGGUUUACUGUACAGGUUUGUCUUUAUAUGCAGUACAUGAACUGAUUGAGGUGAUGAUGUGAAGGUGCGACGACCCUUGUGUGUUUUCCCCAUUGAGGUCAUGUUUAUGAUGCAGGCUGGCUCUUGUCCCUGUGAAGAUUACCUGAAGCACCUGUUCAACUUUUUUUUUUUUAAUUUUGUGUCAUUUUUAUAUGAAAUGAAUAAAGUCUAUGUUCUCAAA